AUGGGGGCCCCAGUAACCCCGGCCUGCCUGCUGCUCCUCCUGCACCUCACAGCUGGGACGUCUGCAGAGCCGCACUAUGUGGUGGUGAGCCCAGCCGCGCUCUACCACCCGCACACGGGGACGGUGUCAGUUCAUCUCAGCGACCUCAACGAGACCGUCCGGGUGAGCGUCCGGCUGGAGAGGGGGGAUGGGUCCAGCGCUAUCCCCCUGCUGGAGAGAGAGGUCCAGGGGCCCCGUCUGCACGAGAACGUGCGCUUCCAGGUUCCAGCCCCGUCCGGGGGGCAGCAGGAAGUGGCAGAGCUGCACGUCUCGAUCCGGGGAGAUGCCCUGCAGUUCUCUGAGCGGAAGAAAGUGCUGCUGCGGGCACUGGAGCCCGGGACCUUUGUGCAGACGGACAAGGCUGUCUACAAGCCGGGACAGACAGUGAAGUUUCGAAUCGUCAGUUUGGACAAAGACUUCAUUCCCAGUGCCAAGAAGCUGCCCCUGGUGACUCUGCAGGAUCCCAGCGGGAACCGCAUCGCCCAGUGGCGAGAUGUGACUCCGCAGCAGGGCAUCGUGGAUCUGUCCCUCCCGCUGCCUGCAGAGCCGGCCCUGGGGACGUACGCCAUCGAGGCGCAGGGGACGAGGCACUCGUUCAGCGUGGAGGAAUACGUGCUGCCCAAGUUCGAAGUGAUCCUUGAGCUGCCCCCUGUGGUGACGGUGCUGGAUGAGACGCUCCUGCUGCGAGUGUGCGGCCGAUACACCUACGGGAAGCCCGUCCUGGGGAGGGUCCAGGCCAGCCUGUGUCGGGAGAAACAACUAUCAUAUCUCUGGUACCGUCUUGAUGCCGAGCUAACCAGGGCUCUGUGCACGGAGCUUUCUGGCCAGACUGACAGCAACGGCUGCUUUUCCAGAGAGGUGGGGACGGCUCCCUUCAACCUGACCCACUCUGGCUACAAGAGGCGCCUCCAGGCCAAGGCCUCUCUAGUGGAGGAGGGGACAGGGGUGGAGCUCAACGCAACCAAGCACUGCAACAUCGUGUCUGAAAUCGCUACAGUGACCUUUGAGGAUGCUGAUGCUACCUACAAGGCUGGAAUCCCCUACACUGGCAAGAUGCUCCUGAAGGCAGCAGAUGGCUCUGCACUGAAGAAUGAGAAGCUGCAGCUCUUUGUUAGCUCUGGAGAUAAGAAUAAGAACCAGACCUUCCUGACGGACGAGUCUGGCAGAGCCUCCUUCGAGCUGGACACCUCCGGCUGGACCAGGAGCGUCACUCUGAAGGGGCAGUUCAAGCAGGUGGAUCGCAGCUAUGUGUAUGGGAGAGUCUCUCCCAGUUACCCGGAUGCCUAUCGUCACCUGGAGCCCUUCUACUCCAAGAGCCAGAGUUUCCUAAAGAUCCGCUCGCUGGGUGGGGUGCUGCCCUGCGACCAGGCCCAGCAGCUCCAGGUGGAUUACAUCAUUGCUAGCGAGGCCCUGGGGAACGGGUCCAGGAGCCUGGAUUUCAUCUUUCUGGUCGUGGCCAAGGGAGCCAUCACCAGGAUUCUCCGCAAUGGGCUGGACCUCAGGGAGGGGGCUGGGCUGAAGGGCUCCUUCUCUGUGGAGCUGCCCGUUGGUGCUGAGCUGGCGCCCGCUGCCAAGGUGCUGGGUUACACGGUGCUGCCUGAUGGCGAGAUGGCUGCCGACAGCACCCUGCUGCGCAUGGCCAAGUGCCUCCCGAACAAGGUGAAGCUGGCCUUCUCGCAGGACCGGGCCCUGCCGGGCUCAGAGCUCCAGCUGCGGGUGCAGGCUGCCCCCGGGUCCCUGUGCGCCAUCCGUGCCGUGGAUCAGAGCGUGCUGCUCAUGAAGCCCGAGGCCGAGCUCAGCGUCGACAUGGUCUAUAACUUGCUCCCCCGUUUUCCCCGAGGAGACUAUCCUGCUGGGGCUCGAGAGCACGAGUCAGGCGACUGUCCGUAUUUCUCUGAGUCCUCUGGAUACCUGCCUCCCUGGUGGCGGCAUCACAGCAGGCCCUGGCCUGCCCAGUUUUCUAACAGUGACUCCUACCAUUUAUUUAAGGAUGCGGCUUUGAAAAUUCUCACCAAUGCCAACACCAAGAAACCUUUUAUCUGCCCUGAUAUUCCGAUCUUCAGAUUCAGCAGUCAACCCAACUUUAACCGCGGCCCUCCGGGAAGGCCAAUGGACUCUUCGUAUAAAGGCGGGAUUUCGAGGGAGAACCUACGCGUCGGACAUGGGGGAUUAGGUAACGCCCUGCCUGAGCCAGAGCCCAGCGCCGAGUCGGAGCCAGCGCCACGUGCCUACUUCCCAGAGACGUGGCUGUGGGACCUGGUCCCCGUGGGUGAGGGUGGCUCCAAGGACGUCCCACUCUCGGUGCCUGACACCAUCACGGAGUGGAAAGCUGGGAUGUUCUGCACGGCAGAGGUGGGCUUUGGGCUCUCCCCCACGGCCACCUUCACGGCCUUCAAACCCUUCUUUGUGGAGCUGGCCUUGCCGUACUCCGUGAUCCGGGGAGAGGCCUUCGCCGUGAAGGCCACCGUCUUCAACUACCUGCAGCAGUGCAUCAAGGUGCGGCUGACACUGGCGGAGUCUGCGCAGUUCCAGGUGCAGGCAAGUGAGGACGGCGCCUACACCAGCUGCCUCUGUGCAGACGAAGGGAAAACCUUCCAGUGGGAGGUGACGGCGAGCAGCCUGGGAGAGGUGAACUUCACCAUCAGCACCGAGGCUCUGCGCACAGAGGAGCUGUGCGGCAACGAACUGGCCGUGGUGCCGGUCCAGGGGCGAGUGGACACCGUGAUAAAGCCCCUGCUGGUCCAGCCGGGGGGGAUCCUGGAGGAGAAGGCGCACAGCUCCCUGCUCUGCCAGGAAGCAUCCGAAGAAAUCUCCUUGCAGCUGCCUGCGAAUGUCCUGGCGGGGUCCGAGCGGGCCCACGUGACUGUCCUGGGAGACAUAAUGGGCACGGCUCUGCAGAACAUAGACCGCCUGUUGGCCAUGCCCUACGGCUGCGGAGAGCAGAACAUGGUCCGGUUCGCUCCCAACAUCUACAUCCAGCAGUACCUGGAGAAGAGCGGGCAGCUGAGCCCGGAGAUCAAACACAAGGCCCAGGGAUUCCUCCAGAGCGGCUACCAGCGCGAGCUGCUGUAUAAGCACAACGAUGGCUCUUACAGCGCCUUUGGGGAGAGCGACGCCGUGGGCAACACCUGGCUGACGGCCUUUGUUCUCAAGUCCUUUGGCCAGGCCAGACCCUACAUCUCCAUCGACGAGAAGAACCUAGAGGAUGCCCUAAGGUGGCUGCAGCGUCACCAGCUGAAGAGCGGCUGCUUCCGCAGUGUGGGGAAGCUGUUCAACAAUGCCCUGCAGGGUGGCGUGGUGGACGAGCUCUCUCUCUCGGCUUACAUCACGGCAGCGCUGCUGGAGCUGGGGCAGCCGCUCACGGACCCCAUGAUGACCAGGGCCCUCCAGUGCCUCCGAGAGUCGAGCACCAGUGACCUCUACACGCAGGCGCUGCUGGCCUACGCCUUCGGGCUGGCGGGGAGCACGGAGCUGCGGGGCGCCCUUCUGCAGAGCCUGGCCCAGCACAGCGUCAGCGCCGGGGGACAGCUCCACUGGGAGAGGAAGGUGAAGGCCCUGCCCAGCCCCUAUGGGAACCAGGCCCCGUCGGCGGAGGUGGAGAUGACGGCGUACGUGCUCCUGGCCUAUCUCUCCCUGCCCAAUGUGUCUGCAGCCGACAUGGCGACUGCCGCCCAGAUUGUCCGCUGGCUCAGCAAGCAGCAGAACCCCUACGGGGGCUUUGCCUCCACACAGGACACGGUGGUGGCCCUGCAGGCCCUGGCCAAAUACGCAGCCCUGACGUACAGCACGAGCGGGGCUGUGUCGGUGACAGUGAGCUCCCAAGCCGGGGCCCGGCAGCAAUUCCACGUGGAGAACGCCAAUCGGCUGGUGCUGCAGCGAGCGGCCCUGCAGGAGAUCCCCGGGCAGUACACGGUGCGGGCCAGCGGCGAGGGCUGUGUCUUUGUGCAGCUGACUCUGCGCUACAACGUGCCGCCCCCAAAGAGCGCCGUGACCUUUGACCUGCGGGUGGAGACGGAGCCGAAGGAGUGCACCGAGAGCGCCAGAUCCCACUUCAGCCUCGUCCUGCACGCCCGGUACAGCGGGGAGCGCUCAGUCACCAACAUGGCCAUCAUCGAGGCCAAGCUACCCUCUGGCUACACCCCCGUCAAGAGCUCCCUGCGGCAGCUGGAGAAGCAGCGUUUGGUGAAGAGGCUGGAGGUGCAGAACGACCAGGUGACGCUCUAUCUGGACCAGCUGACGAAGGAGGCGGCGAGUUUCACCUUCUCCCUGGAGCAGGAUUUCCCUGUGAAGAAUCUCAGAGCAGCCCCAGUGAGGCUGUACGAUUACUAUGAGACAGGUGAACACACAGAGGCUGAGUACAGCGCCCCCUGCGGCUCAGCCCCUGAUGUCGACACGAUGGAAAAUUCCCGCUGAAGCCCCUGCCCCUGCUGGGCAGCCCCCUCCCAUCCCAUCCCGAGAGCGCCGCACCAGCAGCCAGACUCCUCAGGAUCGGGGUGGUAUGGACAAGCCUCAUCUCAUCUGUUGCUCUUCCCCGUACCAGCUGCCCUAUCCCCCUUAGCACCUUCUUCAGCCAAUGCCUCCCCGUUCGCUCUGCAAACAUCCCACCGCCUGUCCCAUCUCAUCCUCCAGACCGGAUCCCAGCUGUCUGUCACACGCAGGGACCAGUGGCUGCAGUGGGGACCCCUGGGGUUUGCUGCCAUCCUGCCUGGAGCAGCAGGUUCAGUGUAAAACAAAAUACAAAAACCCACCUCUUUGUGAGGCUGUUUUGUCUCUUUGUGCCUGCCCUGCUGCUGCUCCUCGCACGGCUCCUGUGGAUCCUUAGAGCAGCCAGAUCCUGGGACCGUGGCUCUGUCCCCUUCCCCAGCCCUUCGGUCAUUGCUGUGGGGUUUGACUUUAACCCUGGGGAGGACAGCGUCAGCAACAGCCCCUCGGGUUCCAGCCCCGGCUGGCAGAGCUGCUCUCAUUACACACGUCUACAUGAAAGUGAACCAAUUCAACUGAAGUUUAGUUUUUAAACCAGUUUACUUACACCAGUGAAAACCUCAGUGCAGGUGCAUUUAUUGUGGUGUGAAGGAGGGUUAUUUUAGUUUAGGUUCAAUCAAUUAGGAAUUGAAGUUAAAUCAGAAUCUACUCUUCUCUCAGACUGACAGAAGCACCUCUACCGGCUUGCAUGGGUUGAACUAAAUUGAUUUUAAAAGCCAAGGCCCAAGAGAGGGAGGAAUAGCGUGUCUGACUCCUUACCACUCUUGCUGUUUUGUUUGUGUUUUGUUACCAUCUGUUUAAUUCCGUGGACCAAUGAACAUUGUGGGGAAAGGCGAUCUCUGUGAAAGGUCUAUCCCCAGUCAAGCAAGGUGUGAGAGACCCAGCCAGUCUUCCAGAGACCCCAGGGCAGACCAGAGUUGACAUUCCUGAUACUUACAGGGUAAAUAGGAUGCAAGAAAAAUAAAUUCAUAGACCGUGCAGACCCUCCCUAUCCAUCGUAAAGAAUCAAGAACUCUUAGUGGGUCCACUUUAAAAGCAGGAAGCUCAUUUUCCUUUAUGCAGAUAUUAAAGGCACCUGAUUCAGUUUGUAGCUGCAGGGGCUUUCCCCAGGGCCAGAGUGUGAAAGAUUCACCAAAGAGUCAAGAUUACAAGCUCAGUCUCAAUUGGAAAGGAUGGCACAAAUACAUCCCAGAGGGCUGCAUGUGCCUGUCUAAGGGGGAAAGAGAACUGGACUUUAAUAUUUGGGGAAUAGGAUGUGCUCCCAUAUUGAAAGACGAUAUUGUCCUGUGUACAGCCAGGGGGCAAUCACAAAAAGGCAUUUCUCCUUCUCUUUGCCUGGGCCUGGCUUCUGUAAGGAUAAUGUUACACUAACAGAGCCGGUGGUAUGUAAUUCCUGUUGCCUGUGACAUUUGUAGGGGGAGCUAGUAGCAGCCCCUCUAUUUAGGCUGCCUGACCCUUUCCAUGAUAAAAUUGUCUCGCAGGCUUUUCUUUGA